AAAAUGGAAAGGUGGAACGGUAAAAUAGCUGUGGUUACAGGUGCUAGUGCUGGUCUAGGAGCUGCAAUCUGUAGAAAAUUGGUAGAGGAAGGAAUAAAUGUCGUUGGAUUCGCUAGACGAAAGGAAUUGAUCGACCAAUUGGCCGAGGAUAUUGAAGGGAAAAACGGAGCCAAACUGUGUGGUCUCAAAGUGGACAUAACGAACGAGGAUGAAAUCGUGAAAGCCUUCGAGUACAUCGCCAAGAAUAUAGGUCCAGUAUCGAUCUUGAUCAACAACGCAGGGGUAGCCCAACUGACCACCCUCAUCGACGGGGAUACAACCAAGUGGAAAAAAGUUUUAGACACGAACGUGCUAGGUCUGUGCAUCGCCACAAGGGAGGCGGUCAAAAUGAUGAGGGAGAACAACAUAGAUGGACAUAUAGUGCAUAUGAAUAGCAUUGCUGGGCAUAAGGUUGUGCCCAUUCCCUACACCAACGUGUAUUCCGCUUCUAAAUUCGCCGUAACUUCAUUGGCUAGGACGCUUUCAAAUGAAUUGAAGGCUCUAGGCAGUAAAAUCAAAGUUACGAGUAUCAGUCCGGGAUACGUAGAGACUGAUAUUGCUAAAGCUAACGGGUUCCUAGAGGAUGAGACGAUGAGGGAGAUAGAAAGUAAGGCGCCCAGGAUGUACCCGAUUGACAUCGCGAACGCUGUGCUUUAUGUACUGGGUACACCACCUCACGUCGAAGUUACUGAGUUGACGGUCCAGCCUGUAGGUGAGAUAGCCUGAAGGUAUUUUCCACGUUACACAUAC